AUGGCUCAACAUAGCCCACAUCUCACAAUCUCAAUUCUCAUCUUGGUGCUAUUCCAAGUAGUGGUGGAAGCAACACCUCCUGGAAUCGCUAAGAACCCAAGCCAUGCAAGAUGCAUGACAAAAAUGUACAAGCAUUGUUAUAAUUUGGAACAUGUUUGUCCCAAGUUUUGUCCUGACGAGUGCACUGUUGAGUGUGUUUCUUGCAAACCGAUAUGUGUUGGGGCAUCAAGCCCUAAUCUGCCUGAUACAAACUCUCCGCCAGUAUAUCCCACUCCUCCUACUAUUCCUUCAUCAUCCACUCCAACACCUCCAACCACUACCCCAGAAUUACCUUAUCCUCCAACAUCCCCUACUACUCCAUCGCCAAUAACAUCUUCUCCAAAACCCCCAACACCAUCACCUUCUACUCCAAAACCUGUAACACCUUCACCAAAACCCUCAACACCAUCACCCACAAAACCUUCUCCAAAACCCCCAACACCUUCUCCAAAAUCCCCAACACCAUCCCCCACAACACCUUCUCCAAAACCCCCAACACCAUCACCCACAACACCUUCUCCAAAACCCCCAACACCAUCACCCACAACACCAUCUCCUAAUACUCCAUCACCAACAACACCAUCUCCAAUACCAUCAACUCCGACACCUUAUCCAACACCCCCCAAACCAUCAACACCAUCACCACCAGUAACUCCAUCCCCAUCACCAACAAAACCUUCUCCAACACCAUCACCAACAAUACCUUCUCCACCACCGUUGACACCUUAUCCAACACCCCCAACACCAUCACCUUCUACAACACCCUCUAGUCCUAGUCCAACAACACCCUCACCGACAACACCUUUUCCAACACCACCUAACCCUACUCCAUCUCCAACAACACCAACCACACCAUCACCAUUGAAUCCAUCUCCAUCAUCACCAACACCUCAUACGCCUUAUCCUCCUCCAACCCAAUCUGAUGGUGAUGGUGUUAAGAGGGCUAGAUGUAGGAACAAGAACUAUCCUCAAUGUUACAAUACUGAACAUGUAUGUCCCAACUCUUGCCCUAGUGGAUGUGAGGUCGAAUGUGUAACAUGCAAGCCAGUUUGUAAAUGUGAUCAACCUGGAGCAGUGUGUCAAGAUCCUCGUUUCAUAGGUGGAGAUGGCAUCACUUUCUACUUCCAUGGCAAGAAAGAUCACGACUUUUGCCUGUUAUCUGAUUCAAACCUUCAUAUAAAUGCUCACUUCAUUGGCAAACAUAACUUAAAUAUGAAAAGAGACUUUACUUGGGUUCAAUCCAUUGGAAUUCUCUUUGGUAAGCACCAAUUAUUCAUUGGCGCACUUAAAACAGAUAGAUGGGAUGACUCAGUUGAUCGUCUCUUCAUCUCAUUCGAUGGUGAGCCAAUUACGCUAUCAGAAUCUAAAGGUGCUCGAUGGCAAUCGAGUAAUGUCCCAAGCAUUUCUGUUAUAAGAGAUGAUGACACUAACAAUGUGAUAGUUGGGUUCGAAAGAAUAUUUAGAAUCACAGCAAAAGUUGUGCCUAUAACUGAAGAGGACUCAAGGAUUCACAAUUAUGGUAUAACGAAAGAUGAUACUUUUGCCCAUCUCGACCUCGGAUUCAAGUUUUUAUCUUUAAGUAGCAAAGUAACUGGUGUGUUGGGCCAAACAUAUAGGCCAAACUACAAGAGUCUUGUUAAUGUUGGGGCCAAAAUGCCUAUAAUGGGAGGAGAUAAAGAGUUCAAAACUUCAAAUCUGUUUGCCACUGAUUGUGUUGUUGCAAGGUUUAAGGGUAUUAAUAGUAAAGAAGAAAAUAUAUUGGAAGAUUUAGAUCUACCAAGCUUAAGUUGUGGUAGUGGAAUAGAUGGAGGAGUUGUUUGUAAGAAAUAA